UCGCCGGUGCGGGACAGCUGGCGCCGGGUGGCAGCAGCGGAGCUGGAGGCGUUGGCCACUGUGGACAGAGCUAGCUGUGCUGCAGGAUCCGCAGCAGCUGCUGGCCUUGCACAGAAGUAGCCUCUUCGGCCAGCCCUCGCUCACUCUUUGGAGAUGGCGGGUGACAUCACAGAGACCGGGGAGCUCUAUUCUCCUUAUGUCGGGCUGGUGUACAUGUUUAACCUCAUCGUGGGCACAGGUGCGCUCACCAUGCCCAAGGCCUUUGCCACUGCCGGGUGGCUCGUCAGCCUCAUCCUCCUGGUAUUUGUGGGUUUCAUGAGCUUUGUGACAACCACCUUUGUGAUGGAGGCCAUGGCUGCAGCCAACGCCCAACUCCGCUGGAAGAGGAUAGAGACCCACAAGGAAGAGGACGAUGAAGACUCUUCUAUAGCCUCAGACAGUGACAUCCUCACCCAAGACAACUAUGAGCGGGCAGAGAAACGGCCCAUCCUGUCUGUGCAGAGACGCUCCUCAGCCAACCUCUUUGAAAUCACAGACCGGGUGGAAAUGGGACAGAUGGCAUCCAUGUUCUUCAAUAAAGUGGGAGUCAACCUGUUCUAUUUCUGCAUCAUUAUUUACCUGUAUGGAGACCUUGCCAUCUAUGCCGCCGCCGUGCCCUUCUCCCUCAUGCAGGUGACCUGCAGUGUCUCUGGCAAUGACUCCUGCGGCGUGGACACAGAUGCCAAAUACAAUGACACUGAUCUGUGCUGGGGCCCCCUGCGCCGGGUGGAUGCCUACCGGAUCUACCUGGCCGUCUUCACCCUCCUCCUUGGUCCUUUCACCUUCUUCGAUGUCCAGAAGACAAAGUAUCUGCAGAUCUUGACCUCUCUGAUGAGAUGGAUUGCUUUUGCCAUCAUGAUUGUGCUGGCCCUGGUGCGCAUUGGAAACGGGCAAGGAGAGGGGCACCCAUCCCUAGCCAACUUCUCCGGGGUCCAGAACUUGUUGGGGGUAUGUGUCUACUCUUUCAUGUGCCAACACUCCCUGCCAUCCCUCAUCACCCCCAUAGCCUCCAAGCGCCUCAUCACACGCCUGGUGUUCCUGGACUACACGUUGAUCCUGGCCUUCUAUGGACUUCUCUCCUUCACGGCCAUCUUCUGCUUCCGUGGUGACAGCCUCAUGGACAUGUACACCCUCAAUUUUGCGAGGUGCGACAUUGUGGGCCUUGCGGCAGUCCGCUUCUUCCUGGGCCUCUUCCCUGUGUUCACCAUCAGCACCAACUUCCCCAUCAUCGCGGUAACCCUGCGCAACAACUGGAAGACACUCUUUCACCGUGAGGGAGGCACUUACCCCUGGGUGGUAGACCGAGUGGUGUUCCCCACCAUCACCCUGGCGCCCCCCAUUCUGGUGGCCUUCUGCACCCAUGACCUGGAGUUCCUGGUGGGCAUUACAGGAGCCUAUGCGGGCACUGGCAUCCAGUACGUCACCCCUGCCUUCCUGGUGUACCUCUGCCGCAAGGACACCCAGCUGACCUUUGGCUAUGGAACUGUCAACAAGCAUCGGUCCCCAUUCCACCACACCUUCUGGGUGGCCUUUGUGCUGCUUUGGGCUUUCUCCUGCUUCUUCUUUGUCACAGCCAAAAUUGUCCUCAAUGAGACCCAGCUCUGAUAGCAGGCAGUGUCUUGACAACAGGAGGCAGGGACAGCCCAGCUCCAGCCCCGCCGCCUGGAAGCAGGAUUUAGCUGCCACCCUGGUCGACAUGAGCAUGCUAAGCUGAGGCUCUUGGCCCCACCCAGGACUUCACCCUGCAGGACAGCCCUGGGAAUGUGGCUGUUACACACAUUCUUCCACGCCUGCCCUGGGAGGCUGGCUCCCUCCUCUGUGCGGUGGAGGAGACAGUGCUGGCACUGCUAUUUAUGCCAGACCCCGUGCCCUGUCCUGCAGCUUCGACCGUCCACUAGCAGCUGCUGCCUCUGCAAAGGCGAAUCCCAGGCCCUGGCUCUCCUAACCUGGCCUGCUUGUGAUGGGCAGGGUCCACUUUCCUGCCAGCCCUGACAGUUGCUAAGUUCUUCUCCUGUGGGAGGCCUGGCCAGUUCUAGUGACAAGGACAGGAUGUGCUAAUUGGUACCAGGGUCCCUAGACAAGAGCCGUGUGAGCUUUUGCUGUGGGUCCCAGCUCUGCCAAAGCAGGCAGAUGUGGCACCCCUCCACAGGGUUUAAAGCCCUUUGCUUAUGUCCCUGAAAGGGAUUCUGUUCCCUGGCUUCUCCUUUGGAGCCCAGGCUCCCCAUGAAGUGCAGGGUACCACUUGAGAAGCUGCGCUCAUCAUCCCACCCACACCCAUAGUGGCUGCCUGCCCUGGACUGACAGCAGGGAGAGAACAGAGUGGCCCUCUGCAAAAGGUCAGGCUGGUGUGACACAGCCCAGCUUGCUCCCAUGCUGCACUGCAACACUAAGGAGGUGGUGCCCUUAGGAGCCUGGUCAUGGGCACUCAGUGACCGCACUCCCCAGGUCCCUGGCUACUGUGGAGCUUGGAGGGGUUGCCUACCACCAUUCCUGUGGAAGGAAGCCAGGCUCCCAGCUGCCUCCUGUUCAGUCACGCAUACACCCACUAGACCUUGGCGUGAUGAGUGAUUAAUGAGCUACAUUUUUGAUGUGCCUUCUGCUUUGGGAUCCAGGGAUCCCUCCUGACCCUGACUUGCCCCAACCCUGGGCCUAGUCCCACCUGUCCUAGACAGAACUGCCUCUGGGGUGGAGGGUCUCAGACUCCUGCCCCUCUUUAAUUUCAGUGCCUUGCUUCACCCUAGUAAGGGGACCUGCGCCAGCCACUUCUUCCCUUCUACGUCUUGCCAUAUUUAAAGCUUGAACUUUGCUACAUUGUUGAAUGUCCUGGGGACUUAGGGGCCUGUGCAGAACCUGCGAAGAAUCUGGGACCCACUGGCAGCACCUGCUACCUCUGGCCCCUGCAUCCCUGCCUCUAAGAAUGUCUAGGUCAUUAUGGGCCUGUCUACAGCUCUCUCGCCACUGUCAAACAUCUGUAGCUCUUAAGCAUCAUCAUUGCCCAGCCACACGAAAACCAGACAUCCCUACACUGGUCUGCCAAUGCAGCAUCUUCCCAGGAGACCCUGCCCCAGGGUGGGCCAAGUGAGGAAAGCAAUACAGAAGCAGGUUCAGGAAUAAGGAAGAGCUGCCCAUCCCCCGCCCCACCCCCCUGCUCAGGCUAUUUGCUGAGAACUCAAUUAAAACAUCUGUACUUACCCUUCUCCCUCUUGCUUAAGGACAAAGCAAAUUAAAUCAUCUUACUGCAACACACACCUCACCCCACCCCCAGGCUCCAAACCAAAUUUUGGUGGAAAAUUUAUUAGCAUCAUAAAGCCCAGGUUGAUUUAUGUGGCAAUCUGGAGCCUCAGGAAGCAGCAGAGAGCCUGCUGCAUUCCCCUCCACCCCCAAGUUAAGUUAGGGAAGCCCCAGCCUAGGAGGGAGGUGAGACCCAGUGACCACCACUGAUGCCAAGCUGAAGCCCUCCCCACUGCCACUGUCUGGUUUCUUUGUUCUCUGAUCUCCACCUAUUGUCUGACCUGCUAGAAGUCACAUGAGGUCACCUUCCUCAUCACACCAGGCUUCUGUCACUGGUGGGCCCUGAGAAUUGGGCACAAAGAGGAGAAAAUUCAAAGGGCUUAGCGUUAGUGGGUGUGGCUGUCAUUUGUUUCCCCCACAGGCAUCAAGCACAUUAAAAGUCUUUAUAUCACCAGGGUAAGGUGAUAGGCUUGGUCCUGGUAUCUGUUUGCAAAGAGGCCCCGAGGUUCAUGGCUGGGAGGGCAGCAGACGAACCCACCCAGCCUGGCCCAGGAUCUGAGUCUCUUUGGAGGAGGUCUUCUGAAACUCAGUGGUUGUCACUGCCAUCCAUCCGCAUUGCUCUGGACCAGUCCCAAGGGCAGGCCAGGUCAAGGUGAGAGUAAGCCUUCUCCACAGAGCACCAGGCCCAGCUGAGCGUUGGAGCACAGCUCCAAGAGCUCUGGCUGUGCCUCACCUGAGACUGGUAGAUGGGGCAGAUGGCAAGCUGCGAGGCACUGUGGAGUGGUAGAAAAUGUCGGUGGGCACCAGGCCAGGCCCAAGGCCACACAGCUGCCCUCACCACAUGGGGCCAAGAGCAGCCUCAGCAACAGGCAGUGCCUGCCUCAUGGGGCUCUUGCUGAAGUACCUCGUAGUUCCAGAGGCAGAGGAAGGCUGACAUCUGCCUAAGGGGUUAAGUACCAAGCUGACUGUUGCCAGGGGCUGCUGGGAAGCUGGUUCUUAACAGCCAGGCAGAGGCAAGCCCUGUCGGCCUUCUUAGGGGCCGCAUGCCCUGCACAGUGCUGGAUACAUUGUGAGGACCAAACUGCCAUACCCCGUGGCCUCAGGGCAGCAAGCAUCUGUAACCAUCCCUCUUCUGGGGGACCCCCCCCCCCCAGAUCAUAGGUCAUGGAAACUAAAGGACUGAGCUCAUCCCGGCACCAAAGUCCUUAAUAAAGCUGCUAUAUUACCCA